AGUGCUCUUUACAGGGUGUCUUCGCUGGCUGCAUCGAUACACUUUGCACCGGUUGCAGCCGAGCAUCCAACGUGAAGGAAUGUGAAGCGCUUCAAGUGCCUCGUGGGUUAUUCGGCUGCCGUGCCGUGAAAAACAACAACCAAAAAUCCUCUUUUACCUUGAUUUUGCUGCUUCCCUAUUGCUCUUCUUUUAUCUUGCUGUUUCUGCUGGUAUUGUCAUCGCAGUAGUUCGUUUACUCCCUCGGGACCUUUUUGUUUUUUCGUGUCAUGUCAGCGCUUACGCAGUUGGAGGAUCAACUCAAUGACCUCAACGCGUUAAACCGCGCCAGCGCACGCGCCAUCGACACCUUCGCCGACACCUCCAACGCCAUCUCCGUCCGCGCGAAUGCAAUUAUUCGCGACGUCAAGCCGUGGGACGUGGCGCAAGAGAACAUCGCCCUGACCUUUGAGGAGAUGUCGAAGGCUGCCCGCUGCUACCAUCCACCGCCGAUCCUGCCGGCCGUGCUGAGCGGCAAGGAGACGAGCCCCGAGGCCGUCACGCGGUGCAUCGACUACCUCGUCUACACGGACGACUACCUCGCCAGUCACCCACCCAACCCGUACGGCACCAACAUCGAGGCCAAGACAGAGAUGCAUCUUCAGCAAAUUGUGCGGAUCACCGAGGACCUCGUCAAGACGGCAUUCAUCAACGCGCUGCAGCGCAGCAAGGUCACACCGGGGCUGCCCCUCACCAGCAGAGACGCCCUGUCGAGUGGGGCGGGCCCCGGCACAAACCGCAUCAUCCGCAACGAGGCGGCGCUGAAGGGGGUGGAUCAAAUGGUGCAGCGCCUCGGCGAGAACUUCAACCGCACCGACAUCUUGGAAAACGACGUCCGCCAGCUGUUCCAAGAUAAACUCGUUGCCGCCGUGCAGGCGCAGUUUGAUGGCACCUAUCGCGAUGAGGAAAUGGGCAAAGGACAGGUGACGGCGCGCUCUUCGCUACUCCCCGUGAUGAAGCACUACCAGCGUGGCGACCACCGACUCUUGAGCAUCAGCCAGUCUGCCCGUGCGCUGGUGGUGGACGCGUGCGCGUGCCUGCAGCGUUACGUCUUAACGCCACUGGAGGAUAAUUAUGCCGUGGCGGAUAUACCCACCGCCCUCGCGACGACCGUCUUCGAUGUGGUGUACAAUCGCGCUAUGAAGCUGAUUCAGCUCGAUGUCUCCACCUUUGCCAAUCCUACGAAGCUCUUCGUGGACUCGCGUGGGCAGGGCGUUGGUCUCUUCUCCAUUGUCCGCUACUUCCGCGACUACAUCUUUGUCGGCCUCGACCUGCUCGAGGAGUUCUGGCAGUGGAAGACGCUCUCCAAGCAGGUCCCGGGUGAGAACAGUGACUUCAUCGACCACGUCGACGACCGCGUGGACAACUUCAUUUAUCAGGUGCGCGAGCUGCUGGACGCCUACGUCAACUCGAAAGGUGCGCUGGAAAAGGCCGGACUGAAGCAGUUUGCGCAGUCACUGCACCGCACGGAGUGGUUUCCCUCGGUCGACUGCACCGUGCACGAGUCCACCACGAACGUCUUGUACUUCCACAAGAUGUUGCUGACGUCCUACUACGGGGCCGUCCGCAUCGUCCUCUACGGUAGCGUCAUUGGCGGCAACGCGGACUACGAGUCCAGCCAGGAGGUGGAGGAUUACCUGACGAGGGGCGUCAUGGGCACCGUGGACGACCUGCAGGUCGUGGCCGAGGCGGCGUGUGAACUGCAGAGCGAGGUGAUGGGCAAACGCACGCACCACACCAAGCCAGGUUCACUGCAGCUUCUCACCAGCGAUGUGCGACUCUCCGUCGAGAUCUUUCUCAUCAACAACCUCUGCUUCCUGGCGGACAACUAUCGGCGCGAGCCGUGCUUCGCUUCUCAGCUGGCGGCGCAGCCUGACCCGUCGACAGUGGCAGGUGGCAAAAACGGCGGUGGUGGGCGUAAAGGCGUGGCGCCGCCUCCACCAGACCCGCCGCUGACGCGGAUGUUUGACAUGCUCGAGUCGGAGCGGAUGCGCUACGUGGACGCCUUUGGGGCCAGCUGGGAGGCGUGCUUUCCCUCCCUGACGGACAGCGCCGACCUUCAAUCGAUCGACCCGCACUCCGACGCCGCGCUGCGGAAGGCGCAGCGGGAGGCGGUUAAAAGUUGGCACCGCCGUGUGUGCGCCAAUCUGACGCAGAAGAUACACGACUGCAAGGCGGAGGCCGUCAUGGACAGCGCCUCACGAGCGCAGCUGAUUGACGUCUCGGUCACCGCCAUGCAUGACGAGUUUGCGCUGAUGGAGAGCUUGGUGCAUGGACGUGUGUGGUCUUCGCAGCCAUUGAAAUACAUGCCCCUGUCUCCCCAGGAGUGGGAGGUGCAGAUCCGCCAAGCGUUUUAA